UGGCGUCGAACCCCGAUGCCCAGCCCGGGCACCACCCGUCAGGGGGGCCUAGCCCAGGGGUCCCGUUCCUGCUCCCUGCAGGUUCCCCGCUCCGGCCUGGAGACCCUCGCUCUACCCCCGCGGGCAGCCAGCUUCGACGUCCCUUACAGGGUGGAAAAGGCCGGGUCGGACACAGGCUCGGGGUCUGUGAGCCCCUGUAGUAUGCAGAGGAGACGCGGGGGCAUUGUGGAUCAGAAGGAUGUGAUCAGAGCCCACGAGUCGCACAAGAUGCAGAGCACACCACAAGCCCGCAGGAAAGAGUGGGAAAUGGCUCGGUUUGGAGAAGAGGUUCAGAUGGCGAUGGAUUCUCGAGACUCCGGGGACCCGGAGCACGGGGAGGACGGCGGGGACACGGCUUCAGGUACAGGGUCAGGGACAGGGUCAGGAACGCUGAAACAAACCAAAGCGGCGAGGGCGCGCACCAUGGCUCUUUACAACCCUAUACCCCACCGGCAGAACUGCCUCACCGUCAACAGGUCACUCUUUAUAUUCGCCGAGGACAAUUUCAUUCGGAAAACUGCCAAGAGGAUCAUAGAAUGGCCACCGUUUGAGUGGGUGAUCCUGGCAACCAUCACGGCCAACUGCAUCGUUCUGGCCCUGGAGCAACACCUUCCUGGGGAGGACAAGACUCCCAUGGCCAAAAGACUGGAGUGUACUGAGCCUUACUUCAUCGGGAUCUUCUGCUUUGAGUUUGGCAUCAAGCUGGUGGCCCUGGGCUUUGUGUUCCAUAAAGGCUCCUACCUGAGGAAUGGAUGGAAUAUCAUGGACUUCAUCGUGGUGGUCAGCGGAAUACUGGCAACAGCAGGGGCCCACAUGAACAUACCAGUGGAUCUGCGGACCCUAAGGGCGGUGAGAGUCCUGAGGCCCCUUAAAUUGGUCUCUGGGAUCCCCAGCUUGCAGAUCGUGCUGAAGUCCAUCAUGAAGGCCAUGGUGCCCCUGCUCCAGAUCGGUCUGCUCUUGUUCUUUGCCAUUCUUAUGUUCGCCAUCAUCGGCCUGGAGUUCUACAGCGGGAAGCUCCACCACACCUGUCUACCUACUGCUGACAUCCUGGAAAAUGAGACGAUGGAUACGACCGAGGUGGAGUUUGCCUGUGGAGUGAGGAAGUGUCCGGAGAAGUAUGACUGCAUCGGGUCAUGGAUUGGCCCCAACAACGGCAUCACCCAGUUUGACAACAUCCUGUUCGCUGUGCUCACUGUCUUCCAGUGCAUCACCAUGGAGGGGUGGACAGCUGUACUCUACAAUACCAACGAUGCCUUGGGCUCUAUGUGGAAUUGGAUGUACUUUAUUCCUCUCAUCAUUAUUGGCUCAUUCUUCGUACUCAACCUGGUUUUGGGAGUCCUCUCUGGGGAGUUUGCCAAAGAGAGGGAGCGGGUGGAGAACAGGAGAGCCUUCAUGAAGCUGAGACGUCAACAGCAGGUGGAGAGAGAACUCAAUGGAUACAGAGCCUGGAUAGACCGAGCAGAGGAGGUGAUGCUGGCUGAGGAGAACAAGAAUUCAGGGAGAUCUGCUUUAGAUGUGCUGAAGCGGGCCACCAGUAAAAAUGCUAAGCAUAGAGGAGGUCCUGGGGAUGCUGAGAUCUCCACUAUAGGAGCACCUCGUAUGCGGAUCCGUACAGUGCGGCGUGGCCCGGUGGCGUAUAUACGUCGUAAGGAGCGUAUGCUGCGUAUCUCCCUGCGGCGCAUGGUGAAGACCGACACCUUCUACUGGACCGUCCUCAGCCUGGUGGCUCUCAACACCAUCUGUGUGGCCAUCGUACAUCACAACCAGCCCGAAUGGCUCUCCACCUUCUUGUACUAUGCGGAGUUUGUUUUCCUGGGGCUCUUUUUGGCAGAGAUGUUCUUAAAGAUGUACGGCCUGGGAUUCCGCCUCUAUUUCCACUCCUCCUUCAACUGCUUCGACUGUGGAGUGAUAGUUGGCAGCAUCUUUGAGGUGGUGUGGGGCUUCUUCCGGCCUGGCAUGUCCUUUGGCAUCAGCGUCCUGAGGGCACUGAGACUCCUGAGGAUCUUUAAGAUCACCAAGUACUGGGCAUCUCUUAGGAACCUGGUUGUGUCUCUUAUGAGUUCCAUGAAGUCCAUUAUCAGUCUGCUCUUCCUCAUCUUCCUCUUCAUCGUCGUCUUUGCCCUGCUGGGCAUGCAGCUCUUUGGGGGCAGGUUCAUCUUUGAAGAUUACACUCCUGCCAACUUUGACACGUUUCCAGCUGCCAUCAUGACAGUGUUCCAGAUUCUGACUGGUGAGGACUGGAAUGAGGUGAUGUACAAUGGCAUCCGCUCCCAAGGAGGAGUGCAGUAUGGCAUGUGGUCCUCCAUAUACUUCAUAGUGCUCACCCUGUUUGGGAACUAUACACUACUCAAUGUCUUCUUGGCCAUCGCUGUGGAUAACCUUGCCAACGCACAGGAACUCACCAAGGACGAAGAGGAGGAAGAGGAGUUUUUCAAUGCAAGAUAUGCCAGAGGCAGAGAUGGCCCGAUGUCUGAGUACAGGAGGAGGAGGAGGCCCUAUCUCCGCAGGAAGAAGGCCAUUCACAGGGGCCGUAUGGCCGUCCCCGAAGAGGAGGAGGAGAGCGGCGCCCCGGGCGGAGCUGACCAGCCCCCCAAUGGGGCAAACGCCUUCUCCAACCGCCGUGACAGACGGAGGAGGGGGGGAGGAGGAGGAGGAGGAGGAGGAGGAGGAGGAAGAGGCGGAAGAUCCGUGUGGGAACAGAGGGCCAACCAGUUACGCAAGCGGCGCCAGAUGGAGAGCCAGGAGGUGCUGUUCAGAGGCAGCCCCACCGAGGACACCACUGACAACCCUACCACCGCCUACCGUGCACCCACCCGUUCCCCAGACACCAGUCCCGGACACCUGCCCGAGUCGCCCAUGUCCGGGAUCAUGCCCAUGCCUGAACCCCCGAUGUCCAUUGCCAUCCGGCUGCCGGAACCUCCAGACUCUGAGCCUAGGCCUCUGUUUACAUUGGUUGAGGAGAGAGCAGUGCACCAUCGACCAGCCGGUGGGGACAGGAGGCACAGGGUGGCCCGGAAGUUCAGGCCUGGCCCUGGGGGGGCGGAGGAGGGAGGGGUGGCUCGGCCUAGGAGGCACCGUCAUCGUGAGGCCCGGGCUGAGGCCAAGAGCAGAGAGUCCCCACAUGAGGAGGUCAGAGAAUCAGGCAGCAGAGAGAGGAAGAUACUGGAAGAGAGGGAGGAGAAAGAAGAAAAAGAGGAGAAGACGGACAAAGGAGAGGUCGCUGUGGUGGAGGGAGGAGUGUCGGGCCAGGAUGAAGGAGCCUGCAUUGUCAACUUAGAGAGUGAAGAAGAGCAUCUGAGAGUGUGUAUUGCAGACAUCCCCGAGCCUCCCCUAUGUGAUGACUUCCCUGAGUCCCUACCCCCACCCCUGUUGGACCCUCCACCCCAGAUGGAGGAGGGCGAGGUGGGGGAAACUGGGCAGUGUGAGCCCCUGUCUCAGGACCCUCCAUUGGAGCCAGCCCCAGAACAGUUCACAGACCCCCCAGAGCUCCAGGCUGCAUCCGGGGUCAAUGAUUCAGAGAACAACCCAGCUCCCCUGAACCGUGAGGAUGGUGAGGGGCCAGGCCAAGUCCUAGACAGCCAGACUAGUGUGAUCAUAGAGAUGUCUGGAGAACAGCCACUGCUGGAGAUCAUCCCUUUGACAGCUUUACACAAUAUCAAAGAGAUGGAGGUGUACCAGCCUGAAAGGAUGGAGAAGGAGAAGGAAAAGGAGGAGAAGGAGGUGCAGGAGGAGGCCAGCCCGCCCAAACCUGUACCUCCUGACAGCAUGUUCCUCUUCAAGGCCUCCAAUCCGAUCAGGAGGAUCUGUCACUAUGUGGUGACCAUGCGCUACUUUGAGAUGACCAUCUUGCUGGUGAUCGUGGCUAGCAGCAUCGCUCUGGCUGCUGAAGACCCUGUGUGCACCAACUCUGACAGAAACAGGGUUCUCCGUUACUUUGAUUACGUCUUUACUGGAGUCUUCACUUUUGAAAUGAUCAUAAAGAUGAUUGACCUGGGCCUGCUUCUGCACAACGGCUCCUACUUCCGUGACCUGUGGAACAUUCUGGACUUCAUCGUGGUGGUGGGAGCUCUGUUCGCCUUCGCUCUGACGAAUGUGAUUGGGAACAACAAAGGCAGAGACAUCAAGACCAUCAAGUCCCUCAGGGUCCUGAGAGUCCUACGACCUCUGAAGACCAUCAAGAGACUCCCCAAACUCAAGGCAGUGUUUGACUGUGUGGUGACAUCCCUGAAGAACGUCUUCAACAUCCUCAUCGUAUACAAGCUCUUCAUGUUCAUCUUCGCUGUCAUCGCCGUGCAGCUCUUCAAGGGAAAGUUCUUCUAUUGCACAGACAGCUCCAUGGACACAGAGAAGGAGUGCCAAGGUUACUACAUAGACUACGCUCGAGACAAGAAGGAAGUGAAGAAGAGGGAGUGGAAGAGACAUGAGUUCCACUAUGACAAUGUCUGCUGGGCUCUGCUCACCCUCUUCACUGUUUCCACUGGAGAGGGCUGGCCGCAGGUCCUGCAGCAUUCUGUGGAUGUGACAGAGGAGGACAGGGGUCCAAGUCGGGGCAACAGGAUGGAGAUGUCCAUCUUCUAUGUCGUCUACUUCGUGGUCUUCCCUUUCUUCUUUGUCAACAUUUUUGUUGCUCUCAUCAUCAUCACCUUCCAGGAGCAGGGGGAUAAGAUGAUGGAGGAGUGCAGCUUGGAGAAAAAUGAGAGGGCAUGCAUUGACUUUACCAUCAGUGCCAAGCCCCUGACCUGCUACAUGCCUCAGAACAGACAGACUUUCCAGUACCGGCUGUGGCACUUUGUGGUGUCACCGUCAUUUGAGUACACAGUGCUGGUCAUGAUUGCCCUCAACACUGUGGUGCUCAUGAUGAAGUACAACUCCGCUCCAGCAGCGUAUGAUACAGUAUUGAAGCACCUGAACACAGCCUUCACCGUUCUCUUCUCCCUGGAGUGUAUCCUCAAGAUCAUGGCCUUUGGUUUUGUGAACUAUUUUCGAGACACUUGGAACAUUUUUGAUUUCAUCACCGUGCUCGGCAGCAUCACUGAGAUCAUUGUGGACUUACAGUCAAUAAACACGUUUAAUAUGAGUUUCCUGAAGCUGUUCCGGGCUGCCAGGCUGAUCAAGCUGUUGAGGCAGGGCUACACCAUACGGAUCCUGCUCUGGACCUUCGUACAAUCCUUUAAGGCCCUUCCUUAUGUGUGUCUGCUCAUCGCAAUGCUGUUCUUCAUCUAUGCCAUCAUUGGGAUGCAGGUGUUUGGAAACAUCAAACUGAACGACGAAAACCACAUAAACCAGCACAACAACUUCAAGACCUUCUCCGGUGCGCUGAUGCUUCUCUUCAGGAGUGCGACCGGGGAGUCAUGGCAGGAGAUCAUGCUAUCGUGUCUGGGGGGGCAGGAGUGUGAGCCAGACUCAUCCAUGGCACCCAUGACCAUGUCCCCUGACCACGAGGGAGGCUGUGGUACUGACUUCGCCUACUGCUACUUUGUCUCCUUCAUCUUCUUCAGCUCCUUCCUGAUGCUCAAUCUGUUUGUGGCUGUGAUCAUGGAUAACUUUGAGUACCUGACCAGAGACUCUUCCAUCCUGGGGCCUCAUCACCUGGAUGAGUUUGUCCGUGUCUGGGGAGAGUACGACCGCGCAGCAUGUGGGCGUAUACACUACACUGCCAUGUAUGAGAUGUUGACCCAUAUGUCUCCACCCCUUGGUCUGGGGAAGAAAUGCCCCAGAGGUAUGGCCUACAAGAGGCUGGUGUUGAUGAACAUGCCAGUGGAUGAGGACAUGUCAGUCCACUUCACCUCCACCUUGAUGUCUCUCAUCCGCACCGCUCUGGAGAUCAAGAUCGCACGAGGUCAGGGAAUGAGUGGGGAGGACCGAGUAGCUCUGGACACUGAGCUACAGAAGGAGAUCAGUGUGAUAUGGCCGUACCUCCCCCAGAAGACCCUGGAUGUACUGGUGCCCAUCAACAAAGAUUCCGACAUGACAGUAGGUAAGAUAUAUGCCUCCAUGAUGAUCAUGGACUACUUCAAACAGAACAAAGCCAAGAAGCUGAGAGCACAGCUGGAAGCACAGAAGGCCAGCCUGAUGCCGUUCAAGAGGCUGGAUGCCUCGACUCUCUCUGAAGACAUUCUGUACAAUGCCCAUCCCCUGCCCUGCAUGUCCCUCAGUGCCGGCUCCGCCCUGACCAGAGGAGGCCUGGUGGCGUUGAGUCCUCUCUCCCAGGACCUGUUCGCCAUGCAGCCCAUGACCUCUGACCAGGACACCAGCAGUCAACACUCCAGGACGGAGAUGGCCAGUGGCUCCAUUAAGCGGUCCUCGUCCACUGUGGCUGACCAGAGGGUUAAUGGCCUGUGGCAGGAGGAGAAGAAGAGUCCUGAUAGACUGUACAGACCACGCCACAAGAGCUACAAGGCUGCCGUCUCCCGGUCAGAAAGAAAGAGGCAGUUGGACACAGAGAAGGAGCGCGGGAGGUCCAAAGAGCGCCGCCACCUCCUCUCCCCAGACACAUCCCGCUGUAACUCUGAGGAGAGGAGUCUACAGCCCUCAUGCUCCCCUAGCCGAGAGCGCACACACACCCUGGACAAACAGGGUAACAGCUCCGACAGCCCCAUCCCCACCUCUGAAUCUAGUACCCCUAGUCGCCGCCCCCUGUCCCAGACCCCAACUCGCUCCCAUCCCCACAUCUCCUAUUCCCCUCUGGUGUGUCGCACGCACCCUCCCUCCGGGGACGAUGAUGACGACAGGGGCAGCCCAGAGACCCAGAGGUGGGGGGAGGCCUCCAGAGAGGCAGGUGGAGAGGGACAGACCGGGCCAAGGGGUCGUCGCCACCACCACCAGCAGGGCUCCCCUCUGCGUCGCUACCCGUCGGAGCCCUAUCUCACCCUGCAGGAGGACGAGCACAGUCCGGACCCCUCCAGGUUCAUGGAGACACUGACCUUCGAGGCGGCGGUGGCCACUAGCCUGGGACGCGCUAACACGGUCAGCUCCAGCUCCAGCUCUAGCUUCAGCUCGGCCCGACGGGGCUCCAGGAGCGGCUGGCAGAUCCCCAAUGGACACUUCCGGAAGCGCCUGGCUCAGACCGUCUCUGUUGCAGGCUGUGAGCCACUCAGCGACACAGAGGAGGACGGCCGCUGCUAGGAGGAGGAGGAAGUGGUGUUGGAUGAGAGGUGAGGAAGGUGCUAGUGUAUAAGAUGUACUACAAUAUAAAAGAAAGAGGGACAUUUGUCGCUCUCUUGCAUUAAUACUGCAUACCUAUGUGAUUGCAGUAUGUUUGAUCAAAUGUGAGGGGAGGAAAAAAAUUAAGAACAUCCAUUUUUUCACUUCCUGCAAGUAGGAUCCCUUUUAAAGUCACACAGAAAAUGUACAAUAAAUAUCUACCCGCAAAUAUUUGACUGUGGUUUAUUUAUAUUCUGACUUAACAAAAGAAAGUGACUAAUAAUUAUCCUCAAUUAGCCUUGGAUGUACAGAAAAGAGAUGAAAUAAAUUGAAAGGAUAGAAUUACGUUGUCUGUCAGUAGGUAUUGUUGUUUCUGAAGGUGUUUCUCUGACAUUGAUUUUGUGUUUCUCUUAACAGUGUAUGUGGGGUGUGUGAAUAUGUGCAAAUAUAUAAGGAGAAACAAUAUCUUUGAAAACCAUGGUUUUUGUAAAUACCUGUGAUUUUUGUCAUAAAAUUGUAAUGCCACCAAUACCACUUGAUUGUCUGAGUAGGUUACAUGGCCAUAGAAAAGGUUAACUGUUGACUUAUCAUUAAGUUAAUAAAAUGUCAUGUCUGUAAACAAAAAAUACACACAAACAAUAAUUGAUCAAAGCAAUGUGUUUUGAAAUGUAGUAGAGAGUUUUUUUAACCUUCUGCGCCCUCCACCAUUAGAUUUCCUAUCCAUUUACUGUCUACAAAGGGAACACACUACUUUAGUAAUCAUCUAUUCAUACGUAAACUAUGUAAUUCCUCUUGUAAAAUGUCAAAGGAAUAAACCAAUGAUCAAUAGGACAGUUAUCCACUGUAUACAAACAGAAAAUGAAUGGUACACUCUUCUGUUGGGAAUCUGUAUGAAUUAUUUACUUUUUUUACCGACUUGCAGGACAAUUGAAAGCAACCAACAAUGUCAUGAAAUGUGAUCAACUGUUUUUCAGAAAGGAAUGCCUAAAUAUCCAGUGUGAUUUGAAAAGACAGUGCUUUCCUAUGAACUGGACUCUAGAGAACCAAAUGACUCGAAUUACGCCCCGAACAUGGCUUCAAUUCAUCAAUGAACCUUUAUUAAGUCACUAGGAAAAACCAGCAGACCAUUUGCCUGUCUUGGACCAACUUUCGUCUUGUCAACGUACUGUACCUGUUUUUCUUCAGUUGUUACAAUAUUCUACCAUUUGAGGGAUUCAUUCCUUGUCAUCUUCCAGAAUCAAUAACUGGCACAGAAGCAAUCAUGAACUUGAGUGUUCUGUUGUUCAUCAAUGUAGCCGUCCACAUUCUCCUCUUUCUACAUUAGCUUACAACAUCAUCGGUAUGUGUCAAAGAACUCACUGCAACUGUAUAUCUUCUUCAUUCUUUAUGUCAAUACUGUAUGAACCAUUACAGACGACAGAUGUAGAAGGAUGUUUUCCACACCUGUUUUCACCCGUUAUUUAGAAUGGUUUACUAAUAAUGUACAGUACAUUUCUAUCAUAUUUUCUGUAGGAUUGUAAGAGACAAUAUCCCUUUCUGCUCACAACACGCUUGAAGGAUGGAAUAGGGUAUCUCUGGAAUGUUAAUUUAAGGUAUUUGUAUUUGUUUUAUUUGCCUGAAAAAGGGUAAUGAUUCUGUGGAACUCAGUUAACCAAAAAACAUGGAGAAUUGUCCUGGAAUGCAAAAUAGUUGUUUGGUUUAUAUGUGUAUAAUAGCUGUAUAUAUUAAUAAAAGUGUCCUCAAUUGCA